GAGAGUGAGAGAUAGAGAGAGAGAGAGAGAUCUCAGGAAGCGCAGGCGACAGACAGCAGCGCUGUGAAAGCAUUCAGUCGCAGGUUUCUGACUCUGAGUGUGUCUGUGUCUCGCUGUCUCUCACUCCACCCACCAGUCUCUUUUUUUCAGGAGCAAGCCGAGCCUGUGGAACUCCUGCUGGCUGUGCGCAGGGCUCGACACGCUCCUCUGCAGUGAUGAGGGGUACGACAGCAAGUGCCUACAACAGGUCUGACAGAAUGAGGCCAAAAUGAAGGCAUCCAUCUAUCCGUGCUGAUGGCAUGCAGGAUGACGGGGCCCGUCUGGGAACAUGUGUAGCGUUCACUAUAACCACAGCCUAACUGCCAUGAGCGGGAGUGACAUCAUGGCCUAUUCUCUGAGUCUGGAGCAGAAGACGGCGUUUGCCUUCGUUGGUAUGUUGCUGGUUUUUCUCGGCCUGUUGAUCGUCAGGUGUUUCCGGAUCCUUCUGGACCCUUACAGUAGCAUGCCAUCCUCCAGCUGGGGCGACGGAGUGGAGGGCCUGGAAAAAGGGACAUUUGAAUAUGCUCUUACCUGAGACUAUGUUCCCAAAGAUGCCAAACUCCCAGUUCAUGGCUUCAUUCUAGAGCCCCUUGAAUCAUAUAAAGCCUUUGCACCCUACGGGGGCAUGCACACAGGAUGCUUUCAACAUUGGGCAAAACUUGGGACUAUUUUUAACUUGAUACACCUUUCUUGAAAUAGGUAAUGAUUGGUGAUGCAAUGGCCAAGGAUGUCAAUUCGAUGCAUGCACACACUGAUAGGGUUGCAAAGGGGUGGAAAAUUUCGGAAACUUUCCAGAAAGUUUUCCAGGGUUCUUUGGAAACCUUUGGGAAUUUUUUGGAGACUUUUGAAAUGUGUCAGGAAUUUUUUCACCCCUUUGCAACCCUAUACACUGAUCAGCAACAUAGCAGCAAUGGAUCACAAGAACGAGUCCUGUGUGAACGUCCCUAAAGGGUGUGAGAAUUCAUCCAAACGACACACACUGUGACGCAUGGCCCGCUGUUAUGGCAUCUUAUAUGAUGUCACACCAUUUAGCCACUGGGCAUCUCAGGGAAGAGUAGAGAAAGACUUGAAUUAAAGGAAACAAGAUGGCACACAUGCAAGACAAUGCCAGGAUCUAAACAGGGUAAUCUCACCCUUUUAUUCAUAAUGUAAGUCUAGCGUCCACCCCGUUUAGUGAUGAAGUACAAGGACUGCAUGCUUGCAAUGCGCCACGCAAACAUACGUCUCCGGCCUAGCUCUCCUGUUUACCGUCAUCUGGGAUCUCGAGGCCAAUCCAGCUAAAAUAACCUGCUGUCUUUGAGAAGUAUUAAGCUGUGAAGUCUUAACAUCUCUGUAGACCUGUGUCUGUUUUUUCAAAUAUUAUCAAUCGGUUGCUCUUCACUUACUGCCUAUGAACACAUCUGCACACAAGCCACAGAGACUCUGCAGGACACUGAGAGUGAAGAUUCUUCAUCCUGCCACCUCAGUGUUUGUUUGUUUGUUUGUGUGACAGAGGAAGGGUGUGUCACCAUGACAACAGCAGAAAGAUGCGAGCUGGUUGUGAGUGAUGCACCAAUGAAAGCAUAGCUCAUCUCCAGUGUUCUAGUGCUGUGAAUCUGCCUUACUGGGUUUCUGUGCCUUCAUUUAGCGACGGUAGCGUUUCUCUCUUGUUUGUGUGCAUCCGUGUGUGUG